AUGCUCGAAAGAACGGCAGCCAGCCUGGAAACAUGCAACCUUCACCGCGUUCUCUCCCGACCAGCCCCCCCGUCCAAACUGUGCAAGCCUCUUCGCACAGGCUUCUGGCAGCAUGGUGCCUCGGCCAUAGAGCUGUCUACUCUAUGGCCGCUACCCGCCCGAGCUUCCGAUGCCGUUCCUGCUGAGCCCCCCUCCUACCCAACCCAGACAGGCCUCGUGGCCUCUGCCUUCCUCCUCGACUUUCUGUACCCGAAAGAUACCCACGCACUGCUCCGUCGCUUGUAUCAAACGCUGCCUCGGCCCCAAGUUGGUGGGAGAUCGACCGCAUCGACGACGAAUCGCAACUUCGCAUCGUCUCCGGCUGUCGCCGAGUCGCCAUCUCAAAAAUCCACGAUUCGUCUUCCGACUCCAGACGCGAGAGAUAGACGACGGGUUGGACGAUUGAUCGAACAGGCGCAAGCCCUCCGGUGUGAUGACAGGAAUCUCGUAUCCCUGUCCCCCGAAACCGAUACCGAGUUUCGCUCAUCCUCCGUGGUCGAAAAAAAUGAAGCCCAAACAACCCACGCCGGCGACAUUGAUGGGCCUCGACCUUGUCCGACAGGAAAAGGUGAAAUGCUGCAAGACCUGCUGUUGCGGCCAAUGCAAGAACGAUAUCGUGAUAUCUGGGACGCAUACUGCAACCUGAAUGCCGGUCAGCAAACAAUGUUCCGUCGCGAAGUCAUCCUGUACCUAUCCAGAUCGCGAAGCAGCAUCGACACCGAACGAGUGCUGUCCCUUUUGCGACAAAUUCCUGGGGAUGCCUUGGACAAUGACCUUCAGGCUGCUGCAGUGCUCGCCCCGAUACGUCUCGGUGAUAUCGACGCGGCUGUUGCCAAGUUCAAGACCGGACUGGCGCAAAAGGGCCUAUCGGGCGGUCUCCAUUACCUCAUGGCCGACCUGGUUUCCCAUGGCCGCUGGUCAGUUUUGCUCAGCGUCUGGUUGGAGCAUUUUGCGGCCGUUGGCGAAAAGUCUACCGAUGCGACCUCGUUGUGCCAACUGCAGUCCAUCCCAGGGCUUGGCAUGCUCUAUCUAUCCUUUGAGAAAUACGUCGAGGCACAGGAGCUUGGUUCGAUCAGCAACAUGAUCAAAAACGUCGGCAUACACUCUAAACCGAAACCUGGACUUCACGCUCUGCGACGAAAGCUGGUCGAGGCAGCUCUGAGGCAGCCGUGUCCUCCCAAGCAAGCGGCAGUCAUGCUGGCGAAAUGGGCCGAUUGUCAGCUCUACGAAUGCUACAUCCUCCGAAUGCUCGACAAGUGGAAAAUCGGAUCCGAGUCCAAGGCCAACUUGGUGAUGCUUUCCGAGAUUUACCAAAAGUACGGGGCUCUGCCUGGCGCCAAACCUUCCAUACCUCUCCUUCGGGGCAUGUUUGACCUGUACUUUCCUGCAAAUGCAGCUGGCCUUGAAGGUAUAUAUCGCGACUGGCACAUGGCUUGGGGCGAUCUCGACCAGUGGGGGUUUGAAAGGUUUCUCAAGUUUUAUGCUCGGGCGGGAGAUGAGCAAGCCGUCAGAGACCUUUGGGCGCGGUACGUCACCUGCUUCCCCGACGUCCUCAAGCAGCCACGUGCAUUCAGAAGUACGAUGAAUGUAUUUGCUCAGACGGGGAACGUCGACAAGGCCGAAGAGGAGCUCGAGAUGAUGAUGAAGCGAUACGGAGUCAAGCCCGACAUUGACAUCUGGAACACGCUCCUCAAAUGCUACACGAGAGCAGAGGACUUUUCGCGCGUCCUCCGUUGCUUCGAAGAGAUACGAGCCAUUCAUCGACCGAACUCGUUCACUUAUGCGCAUGUCAUGGCCAUGGCUGCCAAGAAGGGCGACCUCGAGACGACUCUCGAUUUCUUCAAGAGAUCUCAGAACGAUCAGGUUCAAGUGACCAAGGAAAUGGCCAUGGCACUCGUCAUGGCCUACUGCCGCAACGACCGGCUGACGGAUGCCGAGAGGAUAUGCACUGAGCUCGCCGAACGAAAGGCCACAAGCACUGGCAUCUGGAAUCAACUACUACACUUCAACGGCGUGCAUGGCAAACUGAGCAAGUGCUACGAGCUGCUCCAGGCCAUGAAGACGUACGGCGUCGAGUGGGAUCACCAGACGCACGAGUUCCUUCUUCAGGCUCUAGUCCGUGUCGAUCAGAUACAACCCGCCUACCACCUCCUGCGAAGCGCGUACGAGGACAAGUUCUUUCCUCUCGGCCCGGAGCACUAUGCCGUCGUCAUGGCCGGCGCCGUUCGAACCGGAGAGCUUGCCCUAGUCGAAACGCUCCUCUGGCACAUGCAGCGCGCCGGGCUGCCCGUGUCCUUCAAUGCCCACGUGUCACUCGUCGAAGCGGCCUUCCGGCAGAACCCAUCGGCCGAACGCACUAGGAGGCUCGGCAAGGAGUUUGUUGAGCACUUGCGUGCCCUGCUCCCCACGCGGGCAGCAGGCUCGCCCAAGGCAUACGGCGACGUGGUGGAGAUUCGGAGGCAGACGCAAGGAAUUGGCCGUGCCAUCAUGCUUCUCGUCGAACUGCGUGAUUUUGGCACUGCCGAGGAGCUCGUCAACAUCUACUCCGAACUGUUCGCCAACCACAAGGGCCAGGCAGGAUUCCCGCCAGCGGUCGCCUCCGCCUUGAUGUUGGGCUAUCUCAAGGACGCCAGGCUCGGCCAGGUUCAAACGAUGUGGGAGCGGACUUGGGAGAGCGUACUGGCCCGCAGUCAUCGCGUGGGGAAAGGCGCCAUCUAUCCGGCGCAUCAAUACGACCUUGCCCGACCGUUUGGAAUAGUAGUCAGAGCAUUUCGAGAGGCAAACGACGGCAUCGGCUUGGUCCGCUGCGUUGAGAAGGUCACGUCCGCGGGUUUCAAGCUGACUCGUAGCAACUGGAACAUGGCCGUUCGCUACCUCGCCGAGAUGGGCCACUGGGAGCAGGCCAUGAACUGGUGCGAGACAAUGCUGAUGCCCCAAUGGCGAGGCUGGAACGCCAAGGGCACAUCGCUCCAGGAGAGGAGGGACAUGAAGAACACGCGCAUUCUUCAAGCAUCGAAACCGGCUAUUUACGGCCUGCAGAAGGAGUGGCUGAAGCUGCGCAAGCUGGCUGCGUGGUCUGCCCAGAUCUCACGCAAGCUUAAGCAAAUCGAGCUGCGGCAUCCCAUGCUUCACUACGCAUUCAUCACCUCCGACCACGACCAACUCGCGGCGACCUGGGUCCUGCCGAAGAAGGAGAGCCUCACGCAGGCCAUCAAGGAAUUGUUGAAGCCCAUCUCGUACGCCGAGCUCAAGGUUAUGAGGAAGGCGCUGGAGAGGCAGUUGCGCCUCCUUCAGACGAAGAGUAAUCGGCCACGAAAGUCGCACGGUCCAUUUCAUGUCGUUACGGGCGGUUCGAGCACGGAUGUGCGCACAAGACCCGUCGUGCAUCGCGACCUGAGGCACCUCGAUGCUGCAGUGCGGAGCAGGUUGAUGGAGAUCGAGAUGGGUGCGAGGCCGCCUGCGGCCGAUGCCGAUGCUCAUGCUGCGGAGAAGGACAAGAAGUGA